AUGUCGUUUUUGUUCCGAAACCGUACUCGAACGCCCAGUGAGCUUGUCCGCUCCACCAAGGAGGCCAUCGCCAAGAUGAAUGCUGGAGAUCGCGGCAAGUGGAACGAGGAAAUCUCAAGGGGCCUCCUCAACAUGAAGAUCGUGCUCUACGGCGAUGGAGAGAGCGAGCCGAUUGCCGAGCAGGUGACGCAGCUCGCACAGGAGCUCCACAACAACGACAUGCUCACAUUGCUGAUCCAAAACAUUGCAAAGUUCGAGUUCGAGGCCAAGAAGGACGUUGCCCAAAUCUUCAACAACCUCCUGCGUCGCCAGAUCAGCACCCGGCUGCCGACCGUUGAUCAUAUUGCUGCAAAGCCCGUUAUUCUGCGGACACUAGUCAGCGGAUACGAGAACCACGAGAUAGCGCUCAACUGCGGCAUCAUUCUGAGAGAGUGCUUGCGCCAUGAGACUCUGGCCGAGAAGGUCUUGCUCAGCGAACAGUUUUGGCUCUUUUUCACAUAUGUGGAGUUCCCGACCUUUGAUGUGUCGUCGGACGCAUUUGCAUCCUUCAAGGACCUUCUUACCAAGCACAAGACAUUGUUUUUUAGCAGCUACACGCUCCUGCUCAACUCAAACAACUACGUCACCAAACGCCAGUCCCUGAAGUUGCUCGGCGAGCUGCUACUAGAUCGAUCCAACUUCCAGAUCAUGACGCGGUACAUAUCCGAUGGCGACAAUCUCAAGCUUAUGAUGAACUUUCUGCGCGACCGCAGCCGCAACAUCCAAUUUGAGGCCUUCCAUGUGUUCAAGGUGUUUGUGGCAAACCCCAGGAAGCCCAAGGCCAUCCUCGACAUCCUUGAACGGAACAAAGACAAGCUGGUUACAUUCUUGAGCAACUUCCACAACGACCGCACAGGUAGGGCUGUCCGAGGAUCGGGCAAAGCGAUUGCGGCCAUGAGCAUGCAGCCGCAGAGCAGACGGCUGACAUCUUGA